UUUCGCUUUUCUGCCGCCGCUAUUGAUUUAAUCGCUCAACAAUCUCCGCCCACCGCCACCAAUCCACAGAGCGAGCCAGCGAACGAGCGAGCGAGCGAGCAAGCAAACUCCUAUCCGUCCGAGCACUUCUUGCUUAUUCCAUAUCACAAAGGGGAUGGCAUCGGUAGCUGGCUCAGCUCUGUCCGUUGGCUCAGUUGCUUCUUAUGGAACUCAGAUUGGCUUGGGAGCAAAACCGAAGCCUCUUCAUGUUAAUCACAAUGCCCCAAAGCUUUUCAAGGGUUUCAGUGGUCUGAAAGCAUCAUCAUCAGUUUUCUGUGAAUCAGAGACCUCUUUUAUGGGAAAUGGGAGACAUGCUUCUGUCUGGGAGUCAUUUAAGCCAAAAUUGGGGAAAUCGAACCUGAGAACAAAAAGUCAACUGGUGCCACAGGCUUCAUCUUUUAAGGUGGCUGUUCUUGGAGCUGCGGGUGGUAUUGGGCAACCAUUAUCUCUCCUGAUUAAGAUGUCCCCGCUGGUCUCAGCUGUGCAUCUCUAUGAUGUUGCAAAUGUAAAGGGGGUAGCUGCUGAUCUCAGUCAUUGUAACACUCCCUCGCAGAGUCUGGGUUUCACAGGAGAAUCAGAGCUAGCCAACAGUUUGAAGGACGUGGAUGUGGUUGUAAUACCUGCAGGGGUUCCACGAAAGUCUGGCAUGACCCGUGAUGAUCUAUUCAAUGUCAAUGCCAACAUUGUGAAGACACUGGUGGAGGCUGUUGCUGAUAAUGCUCCAGAUGCUUUUAUCCAUAUCAUUAGCAACCCCGUGAAUUCUACUGUCCCCUUAGCUGCAGAGGUCCUCAAGCAGAAGGGUGUCUAUGAUCCAAAGAAACUUUUUGGUGUUACCACACUUGAUGUCGUGAGAGCCAACACCUUCGUGGCCCAAAAGAAGAACCUUAAGCUUAUUGAUGUGGAUGUCCCAGUUGUAGGUGGGCAUGCUGGAAUUACCAUACUACCACUGUUGUCAAAGACGAGACCAUCUGUGACCUUCACAGAUGAAGAAGCUGAAGAGCUUACAGUGAGGAUUCAGAACGCAGGGACGGAGGUAGUAGAGGCAAAAGCUGGUGCUGGAUCAGCAACUCUGUCAAUGGCCUAUGCGGCAGCCAGGUUCGUGGAGUCCUCUCUUCGUGCUUUGGACGGAGAUGGGGAUGUUUACGAGUGCUCCUUUGUGCAAUCUGAUAUCACCGAGCUACCGUUCUUUGCAUCAAGAGUUAAACUCAGCAGGAAAGGCGUCGAAGCUGUGAUCUCAUCUGACCUUCAGGGACUGACCAACUAUGAGGCGAAGGCACUGGACGCUUUGAAGCCAGAACUGAAGGCAAGCAUUGAGAAGGGCAUGGCAUUUGUUCAUAAGCGGAUGGCUGCUGUAGCAUCUGUCUGAGGCUGAUUGCUUGCUCCAACCCACGAGUUACUGGAUGAAAGUGACCAAUUUAUAUUCAGGUGUUCCAAUUUUGCAGAAAUUUACGGUUUUGAUUGGUCUUGUGCCAAGUCUUUUUUUUUAUUAGAUGACAAGAAUGAUCGAGCAAAGUAGCUGUUCUCUAUGGGUGUGGACUUUUGAAUCCAUUGAUGUGUCUGUUGUGGCUGGCUCUUGAA